CAAUUAGUAACACAAAACUUCCAACCCUUCAUUAAAUUUUAAUACGAUGUUUUUUUAAAAUAAAAAUAAGAAGAAAAAUGACUAUAUACACGUGUCAUGAAGCACGUGCGCUUGACCACGGCAUUUAAGGUUGGAAACUUUACAGUUGAACUAUGAUAAGUUCAAAUUCAUCCGCGCUCUCAAAUUGAUUUUACCGGUUCAGCCAAAUCGGACCGACAAAAUUUGUGUAGUCAAUCUGUUUGAAAGAAUUACUAAAAGCUGUUUACCAUGGCGGGAGGGGUGGGGUUCGCCGGCGAAGGUGGUGGUUCUGUUGGGUAUAAUGGCAGGCUGACGUGGUUCGUGCUUCUUUCUUGUCUCAUGGCUGCCAUGGGCGGUGCUAUCUUUGGCUACGACACUGGAAUUUCAGGUUCAUCACUUUGCUCUCUUUUUCUUUUUUUCUUGCUUUUAAGUAUCCGUAAGUUGAAUUUGCAUUUAUAACCUGUUUGUGAAAUUCCAAACUAUUUCUAUUGUAUGUUGUUUAGAGCUACUUAUAUAGUGGGUUUUGAUGAUCUGAUGCAUUUUCGGAGUUGGAUAGAACAAGUGUUAUUGCAUCUGAUUUCUAAUUUCUAAGUUAUUACCACGUGGUGAACUUUAUUCCUAAGCAUAAUUGAACAAAUUCAUCGACCUAAGUUCAGUACUAAUUCUGUGCCUCAAAUAUAUCUAUGUAUGCUAUGACUAAAGGUGGAGUGACUUCUAUGGAAUCCUUUUUGAAGAAGUUCUUCCCUGAAGUGUAUGCUAAAAUGGAGGAAGACACCGAGGUCAGCAACUAUUGCAAGUUUGACAGCCAACUGCUUACCUCCUUUACCUCGUCCCUCUAUGUUGCUGGCUUAAUUGCUUCCUUCUUUGCUUCAUCCUUCACUAGGGAUUUCGGACGCAAACCCUCAAUCCUCGUUGGUGGAGCUUCCUUUCUCAUUGGAGCAGUCUUAGGAGCUGCAGCUCCUAAUCUGUUCAUUCUUGUACUUGGUAGAGUUUUGCUUGGAGUUGGGGUCGGUUUUGCAAACCAGGCAGUUCCACUAUAUCUGUCAGAAAUGGCACCCUAUAAAUACAGAGGAGCGAUUAACAAUGGCUUCCAAUUUAGUGUGAGUCUUGGGAUCUUAGCCGCAAACCUGAUCAAUUAUGGUACAGAAAAAAUUAAAGGUGGAUGGGGAUGGCGGAUCUCAUUAGGCUUGGCUGCUGUCCCAGCUUUGCUUCUGACUUUUGGUGCCACAUUCUUGCCUGAGACGCCAAACAGCUUAAUUCAGCGUGGCUAUGACCAUGAGAAGACCAAGCAGUUGCUGCAACAGCUGCGAGGAACAGAUGAUAUUCAAGAAGAGCUCGAUGAUUUGAUCAAAGCAAGUAAUUUCUCAAAAUCUGUCAAAAAUCCCUUCAAAAGAAUCAUGCGAAGAGAAUAUAGGCCUCACCUAGUGAUGUCGAUGGCGAUACCCUUCUUCCAACAAGUAACAGGAAUUAAUGUUAUUGCCUUCUACGCUCCAAUUCUUUUCCGAGUUAUUGGUUUGAAGGAAAGUUCAUCACUUCUGUCAGCUGUGGUGACUGGCGCCGUAGGCUUGCUAACCACCUUCAUAUCAGUGCUUGUAGUUGACAAGCUUGGUCGGAGGGCUAUGUUUUUCAUUGGCGGAGUUUUGAUGUUCAUUUCACAAAUAGUGAUAGGAACAAUCAUGGCUAUCAAUCUUGGUGAUCAUGGUGGACUAAGCUGGGGAUAUGCUAUUCUUCUGCUGUUACUGAUCUGCUUAUAUGUGGCUGCUUAUGGUCUGUCUUGGGGUCCAUUAGGAUGGUUGGUUCCGAGCGAGAUAUUUCCGCUGGACAUACGAUCUGCAGGCCAAAGUAUCAGUGUUGCAGUGAAUUUUCUCUUCACUUUCAUCGUUGCUCAGACGUUUCUAGCCAUGCUCUGCCACUUUAAAGCUGGUAUCUUCUUCUUUUUUGGAGGAUGGGUGGCUGUGAUGACCAUCUUUGUGUAUGCUCUUUUGCCAGAGACUAAAAAUGUGCCUAUAGAACAGAUGGACAGGGUUUGGAGAAAUCACUGGUUCUGGAGGAGAAUGACAGAUCCGAAUAGGGAAAAUGUUGUGGACAACAUGGAAGAACAGCUAUUAUCAGGACAACACUGAGUCAUUAAUAAUUUUUGUUUGUUUGUCCUAAGGUCUGAAAAUAUGUAUGUAGAUGUAGUAACAGUGCAACACCAUAGGAAAAUACUAUAUAUUUUGGAGCUGUGACAAUAUAUGAUUUAUGUAAUUAAUCUGUAGCGAAAUAAAGAAUUAGUAGAAGUUGUUGGAAAGCAUCUAAAGGUUCAAUAUUCUGGCCAUAAUAGCAAUUAUUUUCUGCUAUACGCCAGAUUAGUAGUGUGAUCUUGUAAUAAACUUUAGUAAUGAGACAAAUAUGUUCUUUGCUACGUGUCUCUCCAGGUUUUGUUUCCAUACUUUAGUAAUAAUUAAGCAGAUUUUGUGGGAUUUUGAUUGAAUAAAUG